CAGAUAACGGAGUUGUGGUUAAGAACCGAAGAAAACAAAGAGAUUAGAAAGAAAAAUAUAUAGAAAAGUCAAGCAGUAAUUUGAGAUAGAGUUCUAUAUAAAUCUGCACAUAGAGGCUCUAGAGCCGUAUGCAAAACCUAAACUAGCUCCAAACUCACUGAUCAGUAUUAUUACAAACACACACUACGGGUAUGGCUGCUGCUCGUUUUCUCUUUUCUUUCAUGCUCGCCUCUCUCCUUGCCCUAGCAUCCUUGCAUGGGGCUCAUGCUGUCCACUACGCCGUCGUUAACCGGGCUCCAAACACCCCCGGCGGUAUGCGCUUCAAAAAUAAGCUGGGUGUGAACUACACCCAGCAAAAAAUGGGAAACGCCACAAAUUUCAUUUGGAACCUCUUCAAUGAAACUACACCGGCAGAUAGAAAGAACGUGAAAAACGUAAGCUUGUUUGUGGAUAACAUCCCUGGCACUGCGCAUGUCAUCAACAAUGAGAUUCAUGUUGGGGCUAAAUACAUUGAGAGCAUACCGGGUGACAUAAAAACAGAGUUCAGUGGGGUACUUUACCAUGAGAUGACACAUAUAUGGCAGAGUCAUGCAAAUCAUCAAGCUCCAAAUGGAUUGAUAGAAGGGAUUGCAGACUUUGUGAGGUUGAAGGCAAAUUAUGUGCCCCAUAGUUGGGCAAAACCGGGUGAAGGUCUAAGUUGGAAGCAAGGUUCUUCAGUGACUGCAAGGUUCCUGGACUAUUGCAAUGGUCUUCAUCAACAACAAGGGUUUGUGGCUCAACUGAACAAGAAGAUGAGAGAUGGCUAUAGUGACAGCUUCUUUCACGAGCUGCUUGGGAAGACAGUUGAUCAACUGUGGACCGACUACAAAGCUAAAUUUGCAAACUAAUUAAGCAUGUGCACUAUAGUUAUUAAUGUUAUGAAAGUCUAGCUCUAAUACGAACAAAUAAGAUGUGGGUUUUGUAUCCACAGUUGGACUAAAAUAAAUUAGUUAAAAACAAAGUCCAAAUAAUUAGUAGAAUAAUAGUCUACACAUACAACUACGAGUAAGCCAAAGACUAGUUGUUUGCAUAUUUGUGAGACUAAAUUAUAUUGUUGAUGCAUAUAUGUCAAAUUCCUCGAUAACUGUCCACCAGCAGAUGUAGAUGUAAUAUCAUGAACCUGGAAUUUGGACUAGAAUAUACUUCCGAAAUAUGGGAGGAAAAAAAAUAGCUUUA